AUGAAGAACAAAACUGUAAACCCUCUCAUCACCUUUGAGCACAAGAGGGAUGCCUAUGGGUUCACUGUGCGGCCUCAGCACCUGCAGAGAUACCGUGAAUAUGCUAACAUAUACAAGGAGGAAGAAGAGGAAAGAUCAGAUCGGUGGUGCUCCUUUCUUGAAAGACAGGCAGAGUCUACUGAAUUGGCCACAGACAGGUUAGUUGUGGGGGACGGUGAGAAAGUUUUGGGUGAUGAAGUUGCAGAGCCAGAAGCUGAUGCUAGCUCGGAGAAGGGUAUUGAUGGACAUGAAGCAUGCAACCGAGUGCCGGUUGAUUCUGACAAUGCAGAUGAAAAUGGUAGUCAAAAGGAGGUACCAGCUAUUGAGGGGGCAAAAGUUCACAGGAUCCAGUUAUGGACUGAGAUAAGACCAUCACUUCAAACUAUUGAGGAUAUGAUGAGUGUUCGUGUAAAGAAGAAAACCGGGUCAGUAAAAGAUGAAAGGAUCAAGAAAUGUGUGUUAAAAGAUGACCAGAUUAUGGAAACUGAAAAAUCACCAUUGCAUUCUGAUGAUGUUAAAUCACCAAAAGGAGUAUGUGAGGAAGACUCCGAGGAGGAGUUCUAUGAUGUUGAGAGGUCAGAUCCUAGUCCAGAUAUGCCUCUUGUUGAUGGCACAAAUGCUUCUGCAAAUGGUGUUACCUUGGAUGCUGCACCACCAGAGGCUUCGUUUCCUUGGAAAGAAGAAUUGGAAGUUCUUGUUCGUGGGGGAGUACCUAUGGCGUUGAGGGGAGAGCUUUGGCAAGCUUUUGUUGGUGUAAAAGCAAGGAGGGUGGAGAAGUACUAUCAGGAUCUGCUAGCCUCUGACAGUGAUUCUGAAAUUAAAACUGAUCGGCAAAGCAUGCAAUCAAUUGACAGUAAUGGGAAAACAGGUGGAGAUUUUGUACGUAUGCCAGAAAAAUGGAAAGGGCAGAUUGAGAAGGAUCUGCCUCGAACAUUUCCUGGUCAUCCUGCACUGGACGAGGAUGGUAGAAAUGCUUUGAGAAGAUUACUCACUGCAUAUGCUCGACACAAUCCCUCAGUUGGUUACUGCCAGGCCAUGAAUUUUUUUGCUGGUUUACUGCUACUUUUGAUGCCUGAAGAAAAUGCCUUUUGGACCUUAAUGGGCAUUUUAGAUGAUUAUUUUGAUGGCUAUUAUUCAGAGGAAAUGAUAGAAUCUCAGGUGGAUCAACUUGUUUUUGAGGAGUUAGUGAGGGAGAGCCAAUCAUCUAGAUUAUCUAGGAGUGCAGGUGGCAUGGGUUACUGGACCAUGGUUCCUGUCCAUUUUUGUGAACAUGCUUCCUUGGGAAAGUGGUCAGUUCUUCGAGUGUGGGAUGUGCUUCUUUUUGAAGGAAACCGAGUCAUGCUCUUUAGAACCGCAGUUGCUUUAAUGGAGCUAUAUGGUCCUGCAUUGGUAACGACAAAGGAUGCUGGAGAUGCAGUUACUUUACUUCAGUCAUUAGCUGGCUCCACAUUUGACAGCAGUCAGCUUGUAUUGACAGCUUGCAUGGGUUACCAAAAUAUAAACGAAACUCGGUUGCAGCAGCUGAGGAAUAAACAUCGACCUUCUGUAAUAGCUUCCAUUGAAGAAAGAUCAAAAGGACUUAAAGCUUGGAGGGAUUCUCAGGGACUAGCUUCAAAGCUAUUUGGUUUUAAGCAUGACUCUAAAACAGAGCAAUCAGCUGAUAUGCAAGUGCUUGACAGCUUAUCACGUACAGAAUCUGGUUCCACUAAUGCAGAUGAAAUUCUAAUUAGUUUGACUGGAGAGGGUGAGAUAGAUUCUGUUCCAGAUCUUCAAGAGCAGGUCGUCUGGUUGAAGGUUGAACUUUGUAGAUUACUAGAGGAGAAAAGAUCAUCCAUUCUUAGGGCAGAGGAGCUCGAAACAGCAUUAAUGGAAAUGGUCAAGCAGGAUAAUAGGCGGCAACUAAGUGCCAAGGUAGAGCAACUAGAGGAAGAUGUUGCUCAGCUUCGGCAGGCACUUUCUGAUAAACAAGAACAAGAAACUGCUAUGCUUCAGGUAUUGAUGCGGGUGGAGCAAGAGCAAAAGGUGACUGAGGAUGCUCGCAGGUUUGCUGAGCAAGAUGCAGCCGCACAAAGAUAUGCUGCCCAAGUCCUUCAGGAAAAGUACGAAGAAGCAACUGCUGCACUUAUUGAAAUGGAGAAGAGAGCAGUUAUGGCAGAAUCUAUGUUAGAGGCUACAUUGCAGUACCAGCAUGGUCAAGUUAAAGUGCUACAAUCUCCACGAUCACAGGACCCAGUAUCGAGAAACAGUCAAGAGCCUACAACGGAAAUCCCUGCUAGGAGGAUAAGUUUGCUUUCUCGUCCAUUUGGACUUGGAUGGCGUGAUCGAAACAAGGGGAAACCGUCUAACGAAGAGCCCGCUGAGGGAAAGCCCAGCAUUGAGGAACAAAAUACGAUCUAUCAAGAAGGAAAUGGCAUUAAAGUACAGGAUGAGAGUAGGAAAGAAGAGAGUACCUAG